AUGGCGCCCGCCCGGCGCGCGCCCCGGCCGCGGCGGGCACCCGCGAGUGCCGGGCCCUCGCGCGCCGCCCGCGCCUCCAUCCCGGGCCCUGACCGCUCUCCGGCCGCGCCGCGCCCUGGGCUCAGCCGACCCGGCUUUGUCUGCUCCUUAACUGGAGAUCGAAACCCGCCGGGCUGCGGGGUCUCUCCCGCGCCGCGAGGGCGAGUUCGCGCUGUGGCCCGCACGUUCGGCCAGGGGUGGGGGACGUGCGGGGCCAGUAGCCCCGGCGCCCAGACAGCGGGCGUGCGGACACGCGGGUGCCCUUGGAGACGCCGCUCUCCACGCACGCGACGCGGGAAUCCGUGGAGACGCGGCCUGCUCUGCCCAGCAGUUGUAUGGGGGAGUUUCUCACCCCAACUUGCUGGGGAGCCCCGACCCCGACGGCCUUAGCAGGCCGUCCUUCUAAGUGCGUUAAAACCUCAGCGCCACCGCGAGCCUCCGCGGGAGCGCCCGGCGCCCACCGCACCCACCUGCCUGGCCCCCGCCGGGGGUGCGGGAGCAGGCGGGGGCGCCCUCUAGGCCGCGGUGCGGGGCCCCAGCCUCGGGGCCCACUAUCUCCUUCGCAAAUCGGCUGUGGACAGAGGGCGGUCUGGGGCCGCGCGGCCUCCCCUGCGCUGGGCGCCCGCGGCAGCCCGGGCGGCCGCAGAGCGGGGGCCCGGCCUCGGCGGGCGACACCGGGGACGUCGGCCCCGCGCCAUCUGGACGCCGAGCGCGGGCGCGUUUGAAGUGGUUCGGGGGCUCUUUGUUCGCCAGGCCGUUCUGGCUCGGGGCCUGGAGGUGUUUACGGCCUGGAUGCCUUUGAACCUAUUCCCAGGUGACCAGGGCUCAAUUAGACCCGGGCCUGAGCGGGGCUGUCAGGCGAGCCGCGUGAUCAAGGGCGGGCUGGGCCCUUUUACUGCAGUUGAACUCGGGGCCGGCGUGGCUGGGCCUCGGCUGCUCCGCGGGGCCCGGCCGCGCCCACCGCGUUAGGAAACCCGAGGGCGAGCGGCUGCGUGUGCGGCCCGGGCGGCCCAGGGGGACGUUUCCCACCCCCGCAGUUAGCAAUGGGAGACAGAGCUGGGGGGGAGAGGCUCUGUGGCUGCGUCAGAGCGCUGUUGGUUUGCAGUUUCUUCCCCACCCGCGGGCUUCACGAUCUGAAAACUACAGGAUCCUAAGACUACGGGGUCCUGGGGAGUCGCCGCGCCCAGCCCGCCGCGCCUGACCACCUCCUUCUCCAGCUCUGGUAUGGCGCUCAGAUUACCCAGCGCAGCAAAAUAGCUUUCCAUGUCUCUUUAAAAGUCUAAAAUUAAAACUUAAGGAACAAAAGAGAGAGUGAGAGGGGCGUGGGGAGCGUCCUGGCCUCGCUGGGUCCCAGCCUUCCCGAGGCUUUGCGCGUCUAAAGGGCCUGCGCCGUAUGGGAACAGCAACGACUUGCUGCUCUUCAACUCCGUGCGUCACUCAGUUUGCGGAGACCGAGGGUCCAGACCCCCGUUUCCCGCCCAGCUUACAUAAGCCCAGAGACGUCCCUCCCCCCUCCCCCUGCCUAUGAGCCCAGAGAGCGAGCGUGUAAGGAAGAGAGGAGCCUGCCUUGUAGGGUGCACCACCCCACUCUGUCUGCCCAGCUGCCCACGGGCAUGAGAACAAUUUCUGGAAGUCCCGUCUAAGAGCCGAUCACCUGCCUAAGCCACAGCAAUAGGGUGGAGUUGGGCUUACAAGGGGCUAACACCUGAUAUCCAAGGCACAGAUCACCUACAGGUAAGAUUCUCCUGUAGGAAAAUCCCUUUUAGAAAUUUCCCUUUGAAAAAUCGCUCAAGAGGGCAUAGGACAAGCCCUCGUUAUAACAGUUAGACCCUUGCCUCGCGCGGCUAAUGUUACCACGACAAGGCUCGAAAGGAUGGUUCCUCCAGUGUGUGCAGUUGUACGUGGUGGACGGGUGCUCCACGGUCCUUUCCGUCCUUCUCCUACAGAUCCUUCCCGAACUGCAGGAGUUGAAAAGCUACAAAUGACCUCUCUCAAACUCUGGCAGCCCUGGUCUGCAAGAUGCAGUCCUGGGGUGGAGAUGUUCGGCUGCUCCUGGAAGUGCAGUGUCUGCUCACAUCUAGAGGCAGGGGGAAAAGCAACCCUUUUCUGGAGUGGAACCCAGCAAGCUGGGAGUGUGGCAGUAGCAGUAGCUCCUUGAUUCCAGGCUGGUUCUGGAAUCACUGUUUUCCUGGUACAGUGAGGCAGUGGCUCCAAGUCUGCAGUAUGGUUUGCAAGCCGGUCCCAAAAGCCCUGUCUAGAGUCUGUUUAUCAGCUCCAUUGCAAUUCUGUCAUAUUCCCUAAUAAGUUGUUUCCUGCAUAAACUAGCCAGUGUGGGCCCUGUUCUCUGCAAAAGAACUCUGAGACACCCCGACUGUGGACCGUAGUGUAGAAGAUGAACACUAGGGCUCUUCCCAGGGUGCCUUGUUUUCUUGACAUCUCUCACUUGUAAUGUGGGAAUAACAUGGGCCUUUGCCGCACAUUUAUUAAUGCCUUUAAGAUCAAAUCAGCAACAAACUCAUCCUAUGAUUUUUUUUUUCACAUGGAAUGUAUACCUAAUUUCAGUUUAAAAACAACACCAGAGGGCU